GUCGGUCAAGAUAGCAAUGCGGGCCACAUUGUUUCUGAUCGGCUCCCCGGUUUCGGAUUACUGCGCUCCGCGGAACUGCAGCGGCGUGAGUUAUCGCGUUUCCCAUAAUGAGUGAUCAUUAUGGAGAUGUCAAGGUUCAGCUCGGGCAGAUGAAAUCACUGGGCGAGGAUGCAGAGAAGGAGGAAGUGGAUCCCGAGGAAGAGAUGCCCGUGUCUUCUCCCUCCGCCUCACCAGAUCCCGCCGGCUGCUGCAUCACCACCGCCCCGGGGACGGAUGCACUGUCCACCAAUAUUUGCAAGCAGAAGGGGAAAAGAAGCCGCAAGAAUCCUUGCGGGAAGCCCUUGCAGGGAUUUCCAGCUCACGCUGUGAAAAACAUCAACAGUCCUAUCUGUGAGCAAACCCUCCUCAUCAAGGGGACGGGGAAGAUCCUGCAAGGCAAGUCAGCAGAGAGUAACGGGAACUACGUAGCCGUCCACGAAUCCAGCGACACACAGGAAACACGCUGCGAGGAUGAAUUCAAGCUCCCCAGAAAGAGGAGGCCUGUGACGGUGGACACAUCUAAAGCCAAAACCUCCCUGGAAGCCUUGAAGCUGAGCAUCAAGGAGCUACAGUGGAAAGAGUUUCACACGGGAAGACGUGCAGCAUGUGACAUCUACUGGCACGGUGUUUCCUUCCACGACAAUGAAAAUAUUGUGUCAGGACAAGUCAACAAGUUCCCAGGGAUGGUGGAGAUGCUGAGGAAGAUCAACCUGAGCAGAGCGGUUCGGACCAUGCAAGAGCUUUUCCCAGAAGAGUACGACUUCUAUCCGCGCUCCUGGAUCCUGCCUGAAGAGUACCAGCAGUUUUCCACAGAGAUUCGUAUGGUGAAGGAGAGCGACGCCACGGAGAGCCCGACUUUCAUCGUCAAGCCCGACGGGGGAUCGCAAGGGGACGGCAUCUACCUCAUCCGAGACCCCGGCGAUCUGAAGCUGGUGGUGGGCGCGCAGGCCAAACAAGCGGUGGUGCAGGAGUACAUCCACAAGCCGCUGCUCAUCGACAAGCUCAAAUUCGACAUCCGCCUCUACGUGCUGAUAAAGUCCGUGCAGCCGCUGGAGAUCUACAUCGCCAAAGAAGGCCUGACGCGCUUCUGCACCGAACCGUACCAGGAGCCAAGCCAGAAGAACCUGAGCCGCGUCUUCAUGCACCUGACCAACUACUCGCUCAACGUUCAAAGCGGCAACUACGUCCACUCAGACAGCCAGAACACAGGCAGCAAGCGGACGCUCUCCAGCGUGCUCUACAGGCUGGCAGCCAAGGGCGUGGACAUCAAGCGGGUCUGGUCGGACAUCAUCGCCCUCGUCAUCAAGUCCGUCAUCGCCGUGCUACCGGACCUUAAAGUCCACUACCAAGCCGAUAUACCGCCUGCUAAGCCAGGGCCUACUUGUUUCCAGAUCCUCGGCUUCGACAUCCUGCUGAUGAAGAACCUGAAGCCGGUGUUACUAGAGGUCAACUCCAACCCCAGUAUGAGAAUAGAACAUGAACAGGAAGUGGCUCCGGGAGUUUUCGAGUACGUUCCCAGUCCAGUAGACGAGCAGGUGAAAGUGGGGGUGAUCAGGGACACGCUGCGCCUCAUGGACCCCUUCAACAAGAAACUGACAGCGACUCCUCACCCAGCAGGAGGCGGGUCCGAUCCUGUGGAGGUGAUCCCAGCGGACGGCGACUCUCAAGGCCGGAGUCCAGAUAACGCGGGUAAUCUGCCUCCGCUGUGCUUGAAGCAGGUCUACCCGAAGUACACCAAACAGUUCAGCCACCUGCGGCUGGUGGAGCGAAUCGCCGCUCUCUUCAUUCGCUUCCUCGGGGUGAAGGGCAACAUGCGCCUCGGCCCCACUGCCUUCCGAACCUUCAUCAGGACUUGUAAACUGAGCAACAGCAACCUCACCAUGGCCUCAGUGGACAUCUUGUAUAUUGACAUCACACGUCGAUGGUCCUUCGCCCUGGCCGACUCCCGAGAAGCAGGGAUGGGACUGCAGGCAUUCGUGGAAGCCUUUUUCAACCUGGCGGGGCGGCGGUUCAAAUCCCUCGCGCUGAGGGAGCAGGUAGUGUCCCUGCUGGACCUGUGCGAGUCUCACCUGGGGCCGCAGUCCGGCGCCGAGGACAGACGCUCGCUGAGCUGCAGCAGGGCGCUGCCGCGAGGCGGCAGGACCCCGGCACUCUACCUCCCCCGCCCUCGGCCCAUCUCUCCGGCCGCACACCGGAGGGCCACGAGCCAGGACUGCCGGCCACAUCAAAGACCAAAGCCUCGCACGCUCAGGGCAAACGUGGAGAACUGAUGAGAGGGAAACCCGCUGCAUCGCCUUGGACCCUCUCCACAGGAGCGAGCGGGGAGGAGGGGUGAUUAAGGGUCCAUUUCUCCUCCGCAGAGUCUGAGAAGGGCUAGUCGACCCCUGCUGGCUGGCUCGUCGGCACACUGCUCUCUGCCUGAUUGCUUUUUUUUUCUUUUUUUUUCUUUUUUUCCUUUUGAGGAGGAAGAUGGCCUCGGGGAGGGUGUGGGGGGACCGAAAUGGUAAUGGAGGCUGGUGGAUUCCUUCCUCUCCUCAGAUCAUGACAGAUCACACGUUAACAGUGCGGUCCUGUCAGGAGGAGGAUGUGGCUGCUUUUUAUGUACUGUUUGAUUCUAAAGGGCAGCUACUUGCUUCCCUGCUCUUCUGUCUGACUACGUCUCCAAUAAAACCUUUAUAUGUUUUAUUUUUUUAUGGGUUUUUUCCCCCAGGGAGCAUAGUAGAUAUUUUAUGUAAGUUAAUUCACACAGAUCACACAAACAAGUGGGUGUAAGGGAGCAUCCUGUGUGUUAUACACUUGCAUCAUGAUGUCAUUUAAAAUAGUUUUUUUUUUGUUUUCCAGUAAUUCAAUUGAACUCUCAAAUAUCUCAAAUAUCAUGUACCUAAUAAUAAUCCAAAAUGAAGUUUAUCAGAACAUAAAUUGUACUGAACUAGUUAUGUUCAGUUAAACAUUUACUGUACAACUACAUGUACUCAAUUAUUUCAUGACUGUUUGCAUCAGUGACCCCAGCCUCUCUGGGCUUUGCUUAACAACCUCCCUGUUGCUUUAGCACUUUUUCCUCCCACUGAACUUUCUAUGUUAAUGUACUUGGAUAGAGCCAGACCCUUUUUGUCAGAAGUGUCCAAAAGUCACCAAGUUCAAAGUGUUGUGGGCCACAAAAAAAAAAAAAAAAACUAAAGUCAAAAUGUGCUAUUUAUAUAUUCAAACAUUGAUUGGGAUUUAUGAAUCAUUCGAAACACAAAAUGAGUCGAGGAAUUUUGCCUCGGUACAUGAGAGGCAUACAUAAUAGAUGUUUUGAGUUUUAAUCUAUUUUCAGCAACAGGUGUGUGUCACGGCUCACUUUUUCUUCAAAGAAAAAAAAAAAACUCUUGCUGUGUUAAGCUAAGGUUAUUACAUGAGUCACCUGGGUCUGCUUUUGAGUCACUGGACGUUUCUGGUCCUGUUUAUU